AGGGAAGGGCAGGAAGGCAGGUAGAGAGGCAGGGGGGGCAAUAAAGAAGGAAAUGAUGCGCGCGCACACCGUGGCCACCCCUCUCCCCGCUCCUCUCUCCCCACCCACCGCCGCGCUGCGCCGGGCCACCACCCACUCUACCCUCCUCCCCCCCUCUCUCUCCCUCCCCCCACCUCCACCACCACCAGCACCCACCACCAUCCCGGCGCGGAGACCGGUUCCCUCCCUCCACCCCCGCAACCCUCUCCCGCCUCGCCCGCGCCUCCCUCCAUUUGUCCGCUGCCCCUCUCCCUCCCGAUCUUAACCACCCGCCGCGGCCCUCCCGCCACCCGGCUUCCUCUCCCAGUCUCCCCCUUCUUCCUCCCUCAAACCACCCGCUCGCCACCCCUUUCCCUUUCCACCAUCUCCCCCUCUUCUUCUUCUUCUCCAUCCAGACGACCAGGAGGAGGAGGAAGAACAACCACGAAGGCCUCUCUCUCUCUCUCUCUCUCUCUCUCUCUCUCUCUCUCUCCCCCCUUGAAGCACCCCCGUAGCGAGAGGGAGGGCGGAAGAGGAUGAGCGCGUCCAGGUUCAUAAAGUGCGUCACGGUCGGGGACGGCGCCGUCGGCAAGACCUGCAUGCUCAUCUCCUACACCUCCAACACCUUCCCCACCGACUAUGUUCCGACGGUGUUUGACAACUUCAGUGCUAAUGUUGUGGUUGAUGGUAACACUGUCAACCUCGGCCUCUGGGACACUGCAGGUCAAGAGGAUUACAACAGACUGAGACCACUGAGCUAUCGUGGAGCUGAUGUUUUUCUUCUGGCUUUCUCACUGAUAAGUAAGGCCAGCUAUGAGAAUGUUUCGAAGAAGUGGAUACCUGAACUGAAGCAUUAUGCACCUGGUGUGCCAAUAAUUCUUGUAGGAACAAAGCUUGAUCUUCGAGAUGACAAACAGUUCUUUGUGGACCAUCCUGGUGCUGUCCCUAUCACUACUGCUCAGGGAGAGGAGCUAAGAAAGCAAAUAGGCGCACCAUACUACAUCGAAUGCAGCUCAAAGACCCAACUAAACGUAAAGGGUGUGUUCGAUGCGGCGAUAAAGGUUGUGCUGCAGCCACCAAAGGCGAAGAAGAAGAAAAAGGCGCAGAGGGGGGCGUGCUCCAUUUUGUGAUUUAAUCAUCAGUAGACAAAGAAACAAGGGCGAAGGUGCCAUGGUUUUAUUAUCGUCGCGUCUUGCUUCAGCGAAACAGCAUGGAUGGUCCCCCACCCCCUAGGUUUACUGGCGGCUGCAGCGAGUUCUCAUCUCUUUGUCGAGGCAUUGAGCGAUAUGUUUGUUUCAUUUCCUCCUUCCUGCCUUGUGAUUAUCUGGUGUGUGACUGACGAAGUCGUGGCAAUUAGGUAACUUGCUUAGAAGGUAUUUCCCGUGUUUGAGCAAAAAAAAAGUAUCCUGUUAUCUCUGUUCCAUAAGUAGACAUGAUGUAAUCGUACUAAGUUUAUUUUUACUUAUUUCACUUCAAUGGAAAAUUAUGCUUCCCAUUA